GUGACAUCACCCUCUGAUCACCCUCCCUGCCCGCCACCUGCGCCCGCGCAUGCUCCCACCCGCCUACGUCAUGGCCCGCCACCACCGACUACUUCAGCGCAUCCUCCAGCCAGCUUGAACACACGCAUCCCCAUCUCUUUCUCCCUGAACCAGCAUUCAUAAUAUCACCUUCACUCAACACUUCACGACCUCCACGAACGACGACCACCAUGUCCAUGCUCCGCACCGCACUCGCAUCCACCGCCCCCGCCGUCCGCGCCGGCACGCGCGCGUUCCGCGUCUCGCCCGUCGCGGGCAAGUCUGCGACGGAGAAAGUGAAGGAGGUUGCAAGCGACGUCAACAUCAAGGUCGGGCGCUCGCUCGCAUCCGCGAUCGAGAAGGGCGAAGAGGCAACAGAAGCCACGAAGGAGACAUUGACUCCGGCAGCGCAGAAAGCGAAGGAGGCAGCAGGUCAAGCAAGUCAGAAGGCGAACCAGACCUCCGCAGGCGUGAAGGAGGGCACACAAGACUUCAAAGAAGACGUCAAGAAGCAGGCACGCAAGUAGGCCUCCGCGUCGCUCCUGCACAUCACCAGCAUCGUGAGACCGCACCGGGGAUAAUGUCUGUACCUCACAUCCUGUAGCAUAUCCACAUUGUACUUGAAUGCAUUAACUUCAUGUCGAUCAUUACACC